AUGUCGCUAAUGACUCCGCUUCAUGAUCGCGUGAAUGGCAUGCAGCCUACAAAACGCAUUUCCCUGAAGUCAUUGUUCGGUAAUAUUGUUUUUCACCAGUCUAUUACUGAAGUCUCCGAAUCGAAAAACUCAAACCACUUUACAUUUGAGAAAGCUCAUUCGAAGCUACGGGAGGCAACGUUUGCUGUGUUUCACAACAAAACUAUCCCGUAUACACUGGAAGAACUUUAUCGAGUAAUUCUGUGCUUUUAUCUAUUUUUUUAGGACGUUGAGGAUGUUUGUGCUAACAAAAUGGUGCCUGUUUUGUAUGACACUCUGGAGUCCUUGUUUACCGUAUACGUUAAUGAGUUGUUACCGACGUUCUUGGAAUAUCCUUUCACUUACUCAUUUUUAAACCGUUUGCGUGCCGAGUAUACUAUGAGAGCUCUUAUGCUGCGUUUAGUUUUUUUGGUUCCCAAUGUGCCCUCGUCCUGAUGUCCUACCUUCCUAGGGUUCAGACCCCUACUAACCACAAGACCCUCGUCCAAAUAAUGUAGUCUACGAAAUUUCGAUUGUCACUUCCAUCCGUUUGCCAGCCUCCCGUAUCUUUUCUUUGUCAUGUUUUGUCUGUCAGGAUGGUUCCUUAACACUUGGUGUGUACUGAAAGCUUACAACUGAAGAAAGCCUCACAGAUAUGGGAAGUCUACUGUCAUAAGAUGGUAAGUAUGCGAAAUUCCACCCUUCCUUCAUGUAGUUUAAUCAUUUAUGCUCACUUCCUACAUAUUCCAGCCACAAACUCAUGAGAUCAGCCAAAAGUGUUUUUGUGCAUGGAUCAUACGUCAUUGCCCGAAUUAUCACCACCAUUACCGCAGCCACUACACUGGUUGUGAUCUGAGUUUGGAUGUUCAUUGAUACGUUUUGGCCGCUCUAAAUAAGAAAGGGAAAAGUUAAAUGAUCUCCAUCAUAGCUACUUAACGUUCUUCCUAUUGCCAGGCGUUGUGUCCUACGUUACAUUAAGUCUGCUCUUUGCCGUAACUUACUGCUGGAGGUGACUCCAACUGGCAUAAUUUAACGCCAUUUGCCCGGUCUUUUCGAAAGUUACACGGUUUUGUUAGUUCUCAUCCGCGGCCAAUGUUUGUUGGAGUAGAAGUAGAAUGAAGAAAAAGCGGACCCAUAGGGCUAUAACUUGAGUGACCAAUGAAAGUCGAAAUUUAAUUGCUAAGUCCACUGAUGCACACAACUUCCGCGGUGGUAAUGCUGAACUCCCGAAUUUCACAUAGAGUGAACCAAACUUUGGUGCCAACAUCGCAUUUGAAGCAAUGCUGCCACGAUCUUUGUUUUAAAUUCCUUAUAAAUGUGAUCACACAGCGCGUGCUCCGGCGUACCUUAUGGCGACGAAUUUAUUUUCAGUUUAAAGCAAAUAUCCGACUUUUAAAACCACCUCCAUCUUCAGUUUCGUUUAAUUACUCGCGGAGCCUGGUCUUCUCUGUCAUUCAUGGUUUUCAAUACGAGUUUUACGCCAACCUGCUAAACGGAUUUGCAGGUCUUUAUCGUAGUGGCACAAAUGUAGGCUGUCUUUCUGUUUUAUGCGAAGUCUGCCCGAUUCUCAAAUAUGUGCCGAAGAAGUCUACCGUUAAUAUUAUAGUUGUGAGUUUGGUGCCCCGCUUCUUAGUUAGUUGUUUUUGACAAACUGAGAACGUUAAAAGUCGGCUUUCGAUGGGGCUCUUAUGAUAAUGUUCUUGUACUUAAUUCAGUUGUCAGAGAUCUACUAACCAUCCAUAUUUUUUCCACUUUUCUUCCUCGCUCUUAUCUAGCUGAUGAUCCGUAACAUAUUCCUCUUUUUGGAUCGGCAAUUACCAUCUGUGAAUCCGAAAUAUCUAUGCUUAUGGUGAGCCCCCUUUUGCGGAUUUUUUUCUACAACUCAUUCGUGCUUCCACCUCCAGCCAUCUAACCUGUCUAUAAGCCUUCCCCCAUUUCUGUGUGCCCCAUGCAGAAUUGGCGUUCCCAUUAAUUGCACGGGUUUUCAUAACCGCCUUGCCUUCUGAUAUCGCGUCCACACCUCAUUUCUCAACCUUUGCUGGUCUAGUAGUGUCAUCUCUAGGCACACUUCUUAUCUGAAAUCACAUUAAUAACAUACUUGGCCAGCGUGUGAACACCCUAUUUCUUGCGGCCUGAUCGAGGGUAGUGCUCACCUUAGUCACCUUACCUGGUCAUUCCAGUCAGUCCCAGUAACUGUUAGAGCUGAGGACCAGUCUCCCUUAACCAGUGUGUUAUAUGUACACUGGUUGUUCUGACGCCUGAAGUAUUUUCUGUGACAUAAUUGACUUCACAUUCAGGCGUCAGUUUCCUUGGCUCUUGUUGGGAGUGCCUACACUCCCAAAAACAAGAGCAAACCAAUCACUGGAGAUCACAUGCGUUUGCUCUCUCUCUACAGCGCUGUCAUCUAAAUCAGGCGCCUUCCCAUUGGCUACUCCCCUCGUCCCGAAGGUCAUUGGACCGAAUGCCGUCGACCACGGUAGCGUGUUAUAAAUAUGCGUCACUCUUAGCUAGUCCCGACUUGCAGUGUUUUGCUAAUACACUUUCCGUGGCCAGCCGUGUGUUCUUUGUCUGCUGCCUUGGUAUUAGGGACCAGGGUUGAGUGCGUAUACGCUCCACGGGAUUUCACGUACCAGGCGGGUCAUAACAGAUCUCUAUCGGACUCUUGUCGGGUGACGACAGUAUAUAUCAUAGCAAUGCUUUUCGACUACACGAAUUUUUCACAUGAGCUCAACGAGUCUUACUUUUUAUCACCCUUGACUAUUAGGAUUGUCCAGGCAGCUUUACUACAGUCUUAUCGGUCCUGGUUUCUCACCUUAUCCGAUAGGUGCCGUAUGAUGCUGCUAUCGUGAUAUGGCGAUUAGUCGUAGAUUGCUAGUCUUUUGGGUUCAGGACAUUCUAUAGUCCUAACACGAACUGUUGACCAGACCGCCCUCAGUGUCUUUGAAUUCACCUCUGAAUCUCUACGCAUGUGUAUUUCCAAGUUUCUCUUGUUUCCGUUUCAGGGAUUUGGCGUUAAAUUUGUUCAGGGAGCACAUCCUCACCCAUAAUCUCAUCCAACCGAAAAUUUUGAAGCAGUUACUUGAUCAGAUCUAUAAAGAACGCACUGGUACUACAGUUGAUCGCCAGCUCUUACGAUCCAUCGUCCGGAUGCACAUGGACCUUCAGGUCAGUAUAUUGGUUUUGGCGAAAACCUUCCUACUCUUAUAAAUAGAGUAGACAUAAUUUUAUCGUUUUUUGCGUUAACAGCUUUACCAGAAAGACGUCCAAGGCCCUCUACUCCGACAAAGUCAACAGUUUUAUGCUGAAGAGGCCGAUAAUCUGAUUAAACAGCUUUCAGUAUCAGACUACUUGGCGCAUGUUAACAGGCGUCUUAGCGAGGAAGAAGAGAGAUUGAAUGCCUACUUAAAUCCUGCUACCACUCGCACUCCGCUCCUAGCGACAUUGGACUCAGAAUUGAUUGCUAAACGGAUGGAAUACCUCGUCGCCAACAGCCUCAGCCUCAUUCGCGACCGACGUCUAGAUGAUCUCCACCUGUUUUACAGUCUGCUUAGCAGAGUAAAUGGCGGUGUGGACCUGUUGCGGGCUCGAUUCCGUACGCACGUCAAGGAGGUUGGUCAGGCGAUCGUCGAUAACCCUGAGAAAUCGACCGAGAAGGACAAAGUUAUGAUCCAGAGCCUCCUAGACUGUCGCGACUCCCUUCUCCAACUGAUAAGUUUGGGCUUCUGUGCCGAUCCCACUUUCAACAGGGCCCUUCAAGAGGCCUUCGAGGAGUUUAUUAACAAUCGACCCAACAAACCUGCCGAGUAUCUGGCUAAGUAUCUAGACGCUCACCUGCGCACUGGCAACAAAACGCAAACAGAUGAGGAACUGGAGCGCAUAAUGGACAAGGUGAGAGACGUAUACUUUUAGGUCAAAUGACAGUCACUGUUCUGGUUUACCCACCUGUUGCUCCUAUUACUUUCUUUCUCUGUCUCUGGCGUAGGCUAUGGUACUCUUUCGGUUCAUAUAUGGGAAGGACAUUUUUGAGGCCUUCUACACAAAGGAGUUGGCCAAGCGCCUCCUUCUGGGCAAGAGCGCUUCUGUUGAUGCCGAAAAGGCCAUGCUGUCAAAACUGAAGCAAGGUAGGUCGUACGGAUCAUCUUCAUUCCUUCUCUUGUCCAAUUUGGAGGCUGCUGUAUGUGAAUAUAUGGCUUGUAGUUAUCGGCAUUCCACUACGCGACCGCCCGCAGGGAAUUCAGGCUAGAGUUCUAUGGCAAAACGGAAUGGCUCUAGUGUAAUUUCCAAAAUAAAAUGUAAUUAUGUUUGAAUCCCUCUGCAGUGUGUGUCCAAACAUUCUUCCGCUUACGCAUUUUGGUUGUUUUCUGACGACCUUGGGAGGCGGUUCUACGGCGGUCAACAUUUGAGUCAAUUCCUUCAAUUUAGCUCCUAUAUUCGUAGUAGUACUCGCCAACCUCCCUUCUAGUUUAAAGAAUCCUCUGUCCUAUUUAAGAAUACAAACUUACCCCUAUUACUGACCCAUCUUACUAAAAAUUUAAGCGCAUCCCUCGCGCGUUUCUAAAGCUUAUUGUGACGACAUCAUUUUUAGAUGCGUUUUAGUAAAAUUGUUCUUGCUUACGGAAUAUGUAAGGUCCCUGUCCGGGAUUCCCUUGCUUUAGCCAAUCAUAACUUUCAUAGGCAGUGCACCACUUUUCAUCCCUCAUCCAUUAUCGCACUCGUAAUCUAGAAAUGAGCUGUCCAAGGAUAUCACUCGGUGAGUAGUCCUCAUAAUGGUGGGGUAGACGUGGGCGGUUUUUCGAUGUCGAUAUUGUUCUACGGAGAGUGCUUUCAUGAGACGGCCGCUGAUUUUGAUGCGUCGUAAUCACUGUGGCGUUUUCUUGCCAACAGUGGCCGGUGGGGCGAAAAGGCGCACCUAGGCGUAUUACCACACCCACUGGUCCACAAUAAACACUUGUCCAGGAUUUUAGGCAACGACAAAAAGUAGGGGGAUGGCAGGGAUCCCGGUCGGCGCGGCGCGGGCCUGCUACCACACCCCGAAUGUUGGCAUUUGUUAUGGGUGCGUAUUACCGAUAGCGCCUGCCAGAAUCCAGUGUAGCUCCCGUGUUGGUCCAGCGCAUCCACCGCGUGGCCCAUUCUAGGGGCACUGGCCGUGGCGUCGCAUUUAUUUCCUCAAGGCAAACUAGCGAGUAGGGGGAAACUCGCGCAGUCAGACUGUCGACUUGAUUUUGCGCGGAGUGCUCGACUAAGGACCUCUAGUAGACCUGUUCCCUGACCGCACUUUUCGGGUUGUGUGAUUUUGCUAUUUAUCCGACUUACGCCCCAGAACACUCCGUUCGUUUCAUCUUCGUAACUUUGACGACGCUUCUGAAACAGGUACAAACGGUCUCAGUGUAAAGAGUCUUAUGCCGAUUUUACCUUGUUUUUUUAGAGUGUGGUCCUAAUUACACCCGAAAAAUGGAGACCAUGUUCCAGGACAUCGAGCUUAGCCGUCAAUUAAGCAAGAACUUCCGGGCUGCCCAACAAACUCCAUAUCCUAUAGACUUCAAUGUCAACGUCAUCAGCCCGGCCUCGUGGCCUCAGUAUCCGCAGCUUGCCGCCAAUUAUCCUCCCUCUGUGAGUAGUUGCUCGUUUUUGUGUAUCAUUUGCCUCAUGGCUGCAUGUUCCUGCCCGCCCAAUCAGGUAUUUUGACUGAUUCAAUAUCCAUUUGACAAAUUAAGCGAACCACCUGGGAUAGGAGCAUGACUAAAUAGUGACGAAAAAUUAGCCAAAGUGGCCAUUUCAGUCUCCCUAUGUUUCUGUCGGUAGCACUAGUGGAUUAUAUGUGUCUCGGGACGUGAAACCACCUGUCAGUGUCCAAUUUUUCACAACUAAUGCAGCUUUUUGUGUCUUCACGCAGAUGUUGAGUCUUCGCGAGGAAUUCACCAAAUUCUACCUCAGUCAUCACCAGGGCCGUCGGCUUCUCUAUGAACCUUCACUUGGCACCUGCGUAGUCAGGGCCGACUUUCCCACGGUCAGUAAUCGCUGCACUUCCGUUUUUUAAUUGAACAACUCAAUUUUCAUGCUCAUUUUCUGCGAAUCCCUACGGCGCGACGGUGAAGAACGAACAUACCGAUUUCGCCUCAUCUCAAUUAACCCGCACCUUUAGCUUAACUUGGUGAUUUAUACUAAACUCUUUUGCAUCUAGUGCUCGAUCAGAAGCCGCAUAGCGGUGUAAUAUUGGGGCAAUUGUCGAAAACUAGGCUGGAGCACUUGAAAAGUGGCCAGGCUUUACAGAGCUUUGUCCCCGCGGCGUUGGUGAAAGUAAUACACUGCGGCUAACACGGAGGCGUCUGAUAUCGCCCUGCAAAUGCCUCUACUACUGUGAAUGUGCCUCGUAUAUGAUCGCUUCCAUCUGCUGACUUGCAGGAAUUCAUAAAGUCCCUCAGUUCUCGUGCUUUUUUGCUUUAGCGAACCCACUGUUAGAUCCUUACUGUUUUUUACAGCAAACUGCAGUUCGUAACUUAACACAUGAAAGGUGCCGAAAUUUACGAAUGGUGGUUAGUCACUCGCAAACCGACAUCGGUACGUGGAUCAAAUACCUAUGUUAAUAAAUAGCAACUUUAAGGAAAUUAAAAACAUAACAAAAUAUGAAAGAUGAUAUUAUGCUAUUUAGAAACGCCAAUUUCUAUAAAAAAAGCGAAAAAUCCCGAAAACGGCAGAAAUGGUCGCCGUUAUGUAAACUUCAGUUUUAUAUGUACCAAAAGCCUUUCUAUGCAAAAUACUAGUUAAAUAUGCCAGCACAAAUAGAGUAAUCCAUGAAAAUAAUCUUUUAGUGAGGUUUACAUUUAGAAAUCUCUUAAGAAUUAGUGUAAUUUCAGGUAUGGCAGUUUGCCAAAAGCCUACGUGAUGAGGAUACAUUCCAAAACGCUUUCCCGCUUUUGAAUUGAUUGAGAUGUGGUUCGAAAGUGCUAACAGGAUUUUGCCCCACUUGGCCGAUAGGGACUUCAUAGGAACAAAAGUGUUCAUAGAGGUACAGGCUGCCAGACGGAUCAGUGACUAAUAAAUUUAAAUUCACUGAGAGGAGUAAUCGUAAACAUGCCAUUUUGUAUAUAUAACGAUAAUUCUUCCGUGAAACUAAUUUGCACUUCUCGUUUGUUCUGGAUUGCAUUGAGUUUCAGAUCGGCCUUGAAAUAUCGCUGAGCACUUCAUGAUUUUCAGUGUUUAUAUUCGAUUUUCCAUUAAGACGGAUUGUAUAUUGUGUUUGGUAAGAACUUAAAAAUGAAAUACUUCUCGAAGGCAUUCAUCAGAGUUGCCAGCGUUUUGGCGUUCUUUUUCAUAUUGAAGGUCGUUUAGGUCACAUUUGAAGACUCACCCAAACAGGGAACCUUAUCUUCGAAUACAGUGAACGUCCACAACAAAAUUCAACAACGAACAUGCUUUCGAUUAAUUAGAAAAUAUCCUCUCAUAAGUUGCCUUUCUAAGGAGGGCUUUAAUGCUGCAUUUCGUUGACAGAUGUCCGCGCACUUUAAUUUUUUACAUUGUAAAGUCAAAAAAUUUGACAGUUGUCCGUUUCUUUCACGUUUCAAAAAAUACAAAUAUUUUCCUACCGCAAACGUAAGAACACGCCUUUCGUUUUAUAUUUUGUCAAUCUUCAUCGUCUUUGCUCACUUUUGGGCUCUGUUCCACGAUUUUGCAUCCACUGCGGAGUGCCCAUAUAAAUACUGAUAUUUUUCCGAAGCUGUUAAUGUUUUGCUCGUUCCAUUUCUAAAUUACGUAUGUGCACAGGCUAAACCACACGAGAAGUAAUGCUCUAUGUGCUCAAAAUUGAAAAUGACUAAUAGGUGGUAACCAUUUCUGUGACGGCAAAUAUAACUUUCCAAACGACGAAACAAUUUCAGCCCAUUUAAACGAAGGAUUGUCUGUGUGCGUCAUUACUGAAGUUUAGGGAACCAUAUCGCGCAGAUUUGCUUAUCGGACUUAAAAAUCGCUAAAACGUCUGGUACUCUAAAAAUAACCUUUGUUAGGAAACUGAUUCCCGCGGUUGGCAUCGGACAAAAAGUCAAUUUUCAAGUGCGGAAAGCUCUGUUUAGUAAAACUCUCGCGAGCAAAUUACUCUCCUCUCAAAAAGAGGCAUUCGAAUGCGCAACCGAAGUCUAAUACAAGUAUUAGCAUAGGAAAUAGCCCGAAUAUAUCGCAACGUCCAUUUUCACUCAAGUUUAUGGAUAAUUCGCCUACUAGAAUUAUGUGGACACAUUUUCUGCACAAGAAAAGGACAUUUACUGGAAGAGGUUGGACUAGCGAGCAAAAUGCGCAACGUUUAAGAUGUCCGAAAAUUCUCAUAUCAGUUUCUGUCACUUGCUGUACCUGGCCGCUGAGCUCACUGUAACAGAGCGUCAGAAUACCUUCCUAUUCACUGUCUUAAUAGAACUGACGCUAUUUAUCGUACGUCCUUCUUAUCCUCAUACGUUUCUCACCUGUUUUCAAUCUGCAUCCAGUCCCCCGGCGUUUAUAAGGAACUCCAGGUCUCCGAGUUCCAGGCCCUCGUUCUCCUCCAGUUCAACGGUCCUGUGGAUGUGCCCGUUUCUUAUGCCGCCAUCGCAGAGGCCACGGCAAUCGAGAAGACCCAACUGGAUCGGACUCUACUCUCCCUGGCUGCUGGCAAGGGCCAGAAGGUGUUAAUUAUGAAGCCCCUGGUGCGUCUUCAUUUUGGCGUUCUACCAUGCUCAGCUUAGGCCAUGUACUCCGAUCGUAGUGCAGGAUUCGAGGGUGGUUUGUUUGCGUUACGAUCGCAGCCAUCCCAGUCAUCAUUAAUCAGCUUGGCUGUCUUCUUUAUUCGCGCAACAUUUUUCGGAAGUAGCCAACCAAAGGGUGUUCUGCCAUCGCAGUCUAGGUUUGCUGUUUGACAAAACCGAACAAAACCAGAAGUUUUUAUCCACCAUCUUGCCUCGUGAAUGCUGCUCAAUGGCAGCCAGCUCUACCACCCUUCAUUAACAUGGUGUUGCGUAUUUAUGUUAUUGCUGUUAGGGCAAAUGCAGAGGUGCCAACAGUCCCCGUACAAACCUUUAAUGUGUGUGAAAGUGAAGGCUAAAACCGACGGAUUGCGAUGAGAGUUCUUUACGUCGAAAAUGUGCAUUCUUACCUUUCAUGUUUUGCAUCCUGUGCUUGCGUAUUCUCAAACCCCCUUCAGAUUGGAACGCUUAGGGAUCCCUUCCGGGUGUUUUCCGGGAUCCUUAGUUGAUUCCAACCUUCUUGAUCAUAGCCCUCAAAGUUAAUUCUCUUUCUACAUAAAUGAGACGUUCCACAGCAAUAUCGCCGUGAAACUACCCUUCCACUCUGCCUUAGUCCGAUAUUUGUACGAAAUGGUUGCUUUAGCGAUACCGAGCCUACUUUACCAUUGCUACGACACCGGCCAUGCAGAUCUCUUCUGAAGUUUGCAAGUCCAGACUUUUGGGGGCACCUCAAGUGGAAGAGAAUGUAAUUUCGUGCUUUGUCGCCUGUGUUUCCGCAUCAUAUAUUAGAGCACUCAACACAAUGACUUCGCACAUUUUCAGCCCUACAAUUGCAACUUUUUUCGUAGUUGACUGUCGAUGUGACUUUGAAGCCCUAUAGGUCCAGCUGGUACUCUGUCUAUCACUUAGCAUAGGUAAAUUGUGACAAGGAUUCAAAUGAAAUGGGAUAUGCGUUGAAGCCCCGUUUCAAUUUACUGGGGGCAUUGCGUUUUGCAAGUGGACCACCUUGGUGUUAGCAAGUCGGCGGUGUGUCCGUAGGUGGGACUUUUGUCACUCGGACGACUGCCAAAUUCCACUGCUGUCUAGCGUUUCUUGUUAGCAGUUGUAAAACAGCCGGAAUCAGCCCGAGUCCCGUAUGUGCAGGUCUGGAACUAUUGUGUAGAUGUCUGCCGCAAAACUCGGCUCCAUUACAAACAAAUUAACGCGCAGGUCGUCAUUGCGUUCGCUCCGUCACAAUUGUGGGCGAGCAGGCCUAUUUUAGGCAUUUGGGUUGAUGACGAAGGUAAACUGUGCGCCACUUAGGGCCUAAUUGAGCAGUAUCAGUUCCAUUUUCUUCUCACAGCCAGUGUUCCAGCGACAGUAAGACUAGGCUCGGCAGCUGGCUUGGCGGUGUGCUUCGUAUACAGGUGACACAAUGCGCACUAGAUCAGCGUGAUGGUGAACCAGCUACCCUCGCCUACGGGUUGUGGCUGCUGAGAGCAACACACCAGGCUGGGUGCAAGCGAGACAAAUGGGGAAUCGACAGUUCCUUAUGGUUUGGCAGUUUAGGGCGUCUGCAGCUCUAUCGGAGUCUUCGUUCCUACCUGGCACUCCGUACAUUUCGAAGAGGUUAAAAGGUAAGGAUAUGGUGUGUAGCCAGGGUAGGUUUGCUGUACAAAACUCCCUACUACGUUUACUCGGGUAGGCGUUGUUCUGUUACGUUUUUGCUCGUGUGCCAGUCAGGCCUUACAUUCGGCCUGCCCUACGGGUUUCAUUGAUUUGGGCAAACCAAUUUGCAGUCAACUGCCCCGAGAACCAGACGUUGAAGAAAUGUCUACAUAGACUCGUGGUACUGCUCCUCAACCGGAACGCUGUUGAUAUAAGGCGUUACGUGUUGCUGAUGCCGGCUGCAUGCCAUACCUUCGCCUAUAAAAACAGGAGUUCAUCCGUCGCACUCGACGGGACUCACCUCUACCUGAGCACUGGUGACUUGAUCAACAUCGGCCUCAUUGUCCUCCAGCUGCCCCACGAAGAUACCUGUUUGCCUCCAUCCAUUUUAUGUCAGACUGGGACUUUAGAAGUUCACUUUGUCUGUUCUUUUUCCCUGUAUUUCAGUCACUGGAAAUGUCCCCCGACCACCAGUUCUACUUCAACACCCAAUUCCAGCAUCGCCUCAUUCGCAUCAAGUUCAAUCAGAUACAGUUAAAAGAGACGGUCAGUGUUUCUCUUCUGUAGUUUAUGCAUUUUAUUCCAAAUGCGCUCUUCACGAGGCAGUCUCACACCCAGCCCAUCCUCCCACUUAUUUAUCCUCUUGCCUUGCAAUUAAACCCAACAGAGGCCUCCGCUUUGCUCGGCGAGACAAUUUGUUGCCACUGAAAGGAAGUUCCUGCGUGCGGACACUUUUUUUUCGUCUAGCAGGGGUCAAACAGUUUGUUCUAAAAAGCUGUUAACGGUGAUUGUCACCUAGUCAGGACCUUUGAGUGACCUUCUUACUUAGGUGCAAGAAAACUUUGUAGGAGUGUCAAGGCUAGUCGGAGCGUCUUUUGGCUUGGUACUAGCCUUACGGCGGUUGCCAUUUUUUGAAUUUUAUCAUAUCCACUGACGCUUUCAAUGCGCACAGACCGUUAGCAUAAAUCGCUCCCGUCGGGGGACUGCAGGGCCAUCAAGGGGGAAGGGGAGUGGGGCAGAUAGUAUGUUGAGAACUUGUUUACUGCUGGACUGCGGGAAAUUCCCUCAACACGACGAAGUAAAUCAAACUGAAUAAAUAAUCUCGGUGGGAGUGGUGUCAGAAUAUACUUGUUGACCGGUCAGUCCGCAGUUUUGUAGUCUCUUGUUUAAAUGGCGAGCUGCAGUCGGAUAGCAAACCCGCGGUUUCCUUAGGAUCGGUCUUUUAUUAUUGAAAAUUGGCAUCAGCUAUGCAGUCUUCUCCUAAAGUCCAUCAUUGCCACGUAUUUCUGCCCUUGACUGUCACCGCACAACACCCAUCUGCGCGGUGAGAUCGGACGAGCCACUAGGAGGACAGUAGCUUAUUGCCCCAUCACCUUCCUGGUCAUGCCUGAUUAGACAGGUCGAUCUGACUAAUUCGUUUCUGCCAUUUGCAGACACACGAUCCAACCCGGGCAGACCGUUUUGUUUGACUGAUAUACUUUGUGUCAUUUUGUCAAAUGCGCAGCCAAAUGACGUUAAGAGCAUGUCUUUUCGCGUGCAGAAACAAGAACAGGAGGAGACGGAGGAGCGUGUAUUUGCCGAUCGCGUUGCUCACGUGGACUGUUGUAUUGUACGCAUCAUGAAGACGCGCAAGACAAUCGAGCAUAAUGCCCUCCUCACUGAAGUCUACAAGCAGCUGCAGUUCCCCCUCAAGGCAAGUCUCUUCUUUCUUACCCUGUUCCACUUUCUGUGGAUUGUUGCCCAAACCAUUCUUGUCAGGCCAUCUUCAUGUUCUUCUGUGCCUUCUUUACUGUCCCAUUAACCCGACCACUUUCUGUAAAAACAAACCACUAACGGUGUUAUUUGACUUUCCUAUCCUGUUACGACCUGGGGCAGCACGCUGCUGAAGGUCACUUUAUGUUGGUAAUCUUAUCUGUAACGUCCAACGUCCCCUAUUUUUACUUCUCCCUCCUCAUAUUUAAUUCAUUUCAGGCGUCGGACGUAAAGAAGCGCAUUGAAAAUCUGAUUGAACGAGAAUACAUGAAGAGGGAUAGUAGUAACACAGCCACCUACCACUACGUCGCUUAG